UAGUAAUUGUAAAUGUUCUUUGUCAUUUGGAUGGUACAGUCUAUUAUUGUUUUUAUAACCAGUUGAAACUGGAAACCAUUUCUAUGUGAAGUUAUAUUUUAAGAGAUCAAUUUUUGGUAUUGCAAUGGAAAACAAUCACGUAAAUGAGAUUAAGGACGUGUCCUGGCUUCCAUUUUUAAGACAAUUUUACAUUUGUUCCGGGGAAACAAUAUUACAUUUUUGCUAUGGCCUGUAUUUUGGAGCUCCGACUGUUUUCAUACCACAAAUACGAAAGGAGGCUAAUAAAACUGAAGUUAUUACCUUAGAAAUGGAGUCUUGGUUAAUUUUACAUUUGUUCCGGGGAAACAAUAUUACAUUUUUGCUAUGGCCUUUAUUUUGGAUCCCCGACUGUUUUCAUUCCACAAAUACGAAAGGAGGCUAAUACAACUGAAAUUAUUACCUUACAAAUGGAGUCUUGGUUAACGUCUGCUACGGCCUAUGCAUCUAUACCAUGGACUAUAAUAUUACCAAUAAUGGCUUACUACUUUGGAAGACGGGCACCUGCGUUUCUUUUAUGGACUUUAGUAUUGAUUGGAACCGUUAUAAUAUUCUACAGCACCACUAUUAUCGAAAUCCUCUGCGGUCAAAUAAUAGUUGGAAUUCUUCCAGGCGCUAUUUCAACAAUAUCAGUUAUGAUAUUUACGGAAUAUACAUCACCUAAAUAUAGAGGAGUUUUUCUGACACUGAAAGUUGCAACAUACUUUUGGGGUGUUUUAGUCGCCAAUGCAAUUGGAACAUUUUUUUAUUGGAAAAAUAUUGUAAUUCUUAUGUUGGUAUGUUGCGCGAUGAGUUCCACUAUUUUCUUUUGCCCUGAAUCUCCACUGUGGCUUGCCAGUAAAGGACGAUUUGAUGAAUGUAUUAAAGUACAUCGUUGGCUGAAUGGACAAGAUGCUGUUUCUGAAAACGAGUUAUUAUGUCUUAUCAAACUGCAUAAAAUUAAGCUAUCAAAUAUUAAUCGAAAUGAAUCGAAAACCAACUUUUUCAUGAAAUUUAUACAAAUCAUAAAAAGAAAAACAAUUUAUAAGCCUAUUCUGUUUACGAGUUUGACAAGUCUUCUGCUUAUUUGUUCUGGUAAACUAGCAUGUUCUGCAUAUGCAAUUCCAAUAUUUAAGAAAAUAACAACUUCCGAAAAGGCUGCAUAUAACGGAAUGUUAAUAUUAGAUGUUUUUGCUGUCCUUGGAAUGUAUGUUGGUUGCGCUCUUUCCAAAUAUUUUAAGAGGAAAGCAGUACUUAUAUAUACAAGUUUAAUAGGAGCUAUGAGUCUAUUUAUAUUGUCAUGUUAUUUGUAUCUAGUUAAAUACUCAACUAUUACUUUGAAUCAAUAUCUAACUAUAACGUUGCUCACGAUAUUUUCAACCGUAAUUAGCAUCGGUCCAAUUGUAUUAGUGCCAUGUAUUUACGGAGAAUUGGCACCAAUUAAAUACAGAAGCAUUUAUUUCACAUUAAAUUCAAUUAUUUUAUCUAUUUUAAUUGGAAGUACUAUAAAAAUUGCACCAUUUUUAUUUAGAUAUGCUCAAAUGUAUAUAGUUUUUUUGGUUUUUGGAUUUGCGACAUGUAUUCUUGUUCUAUUAGUUUAUAAAUAUUUACCAGAAACAAAAGACAGGUCUUUAUCAGAAAUACAACAAUUGAUAGAAGGAAGUGUAACAGAAAUACAGAAAGAAAAGGCAGAUGUAGAUCUACACACAACUUAUGUCUGUAAUGGAACUCCUUGCGAAGGUGACUGUCGAGAUGAAAAUUUUGCAAUUCAAGGUCGACAUAUUGAUUUGCUAAUAAAUAAUAGAAACAUAUAGUUGAGAAAAAUAAAAAAUAAGUUUUAUGUUUUUAGUAUUUAAGAGUUCAGCUAUUGUCUAAGAAAUGUAUUACCUACACAAUAGUUCAUUAGGUUUUUCAAAUAUUUAUUCAAUAAAUUUAAUCCUUUUUGGCGAGUUUUAAUAUCCUUACCAUAUUCUGUCAAGAAAUGAAUUAUGUUAUCAAAACGGUUAACGGUUAAAGAAUUUGUUUCUUAUAAGAAUUUACAAAUUGACUUUUAGAGAAAACAAUUUGAUAACUUAAUUAUGUAAGUAAAUACCGGUAAGCUUAGUUUAAAUAUAGUUAAUAAAAAUUAUAAAUAUAAAUAAUUAUCUAAUUAUUAUUUAUCAAUAUGUCUUUAGCAAAUCGUUUGUCAAGAAUCUAUUAAAACGUUCAGGACAAUAAACCAAUAUAGGUUCAACUUUGACUAUAUUGCUUUGCAGCAGAAACAAGUCCCGCUCUGGUAUCCAUCUAGUCAGUUUCCUGUGCAAAUGAAUAGUAAUCUCUUAACUGGUAAACUACCACAAAAAAAUUGAACUAAAAUUUCUUAAAAAACCAACAGUGAAUACGUUUACGAUUGCACUUUAUAAUGACGGGUGUAAAGUUCGUUCAGUCCCCCUGAAAACGUGAUCUGGAAAAGUCUUGAAACGUCGGGUUAACUAAAAUAAAAAUGUAACUUUUACGCAAAAAUCUAAUGUAUAGACACAGUUACAAUUACACGCGUUUUAAUCCUUUAAA